AUGGCCAAUCUCCGAAUGCGGGGUCGGCAGUGCCACGAGGGUGAGAGCACUGCUCACUACUCGAUCCUCCAGACCAGGAAGGAGGCACAAUCAACACGACGGAUUGCUUGCGUUGCGCUUGUCUUUGCCGCGUGCUCGGCCGGAUCCAUGUACGUGAUACUCCGAAACGCGGGAGACCUCUUGGAAAUGAGGGAGUUUCCGGAGGGGCAGGAGGUCAUUCGCCCUGGCUGGGCUUGGACCACAGACCCGGUAAUAGUACGUGAAAGUGUAUCACUGAAAUCGCCGCAGCUGGGAGUGAUCUCGGCCAAGCAACGGGUGCUUGUCUCGGAGCUGCGAGGUGUGCGAGCCAGAAUCGUGGAGCCACUCGAAGGCUGGAUCUCCUGCAUCUCCGAUGGCAAGCAGCUGGUCACACUCCGAGAAGUUGAUGACGAGCUCAAUCAGGUUCGUCACAAGCUUCUGAUACAGCAGAAGAUUCAACGAAAAAUCGAUGGAGCUCUUGAGAAACGCAAGGUGGAGAAAGGAGUUCCGACUCGAGUGCCCAGGGCCACGAAGAUGGACCCAGCAGCGGAUCAGCCGUCAUCAGAGAGCCGAAGCGACGUCAACAAGACGCCUGACGAGGCCCUGGCCGGGCUUGGAGUGGCGGGAGGCAGGAGUGGCGACGAGCAGCUUGUCACCUCCCUCUUCGAGCGCGUGACUCCUGGGGUUGUCUCAAUCGCUCGCGAGGCACCUCCAAAGGAAAGCGUGGGAGAGAAGCCAUCUCCCGGAAUAGCAGGUUCUGGUUUCGUUUGGGACAAGAAGCAUGUUGUUACAAACUAUCAUGUCAUCAACGAGCUCCAGACGCCCUAUGUGACCUUUCUGUUGAAGGAUGGUUCAGGAUCCAAGCGACUGAGUUACCAAGCUCAAGUUGUUGGCUACGAUGCAACAAGUGAUGUGGCCGUGUUGGAAGUGGGCAGUCAGGACAGCAAGGACAAGGAGAAGGAGAAGGAGAAGGAGAGGGAUAUCCCAAGAGGCCUCAUGCAGCCCCUCGCUCGUGGUCGGUCUGACAGGCUUCUGGUUGGCCAAAAUGUUUUCGCUUUCGGAAAUCCUUUCGGCCUGGAGCAUUCUCUCAGUCGGGGGAUCAUCAGCGGAGUCUCGCGGAGACUUGAGGGUGCUGGUGGAAGGCCAAUCAGUGGAGUUAUCCAGACUGAUGCCAGCAUCAAUCCAGGCAACAGUGGAGGGCCGUUGCUGAACAGUGAUGGCGAGGUGAUCGGAGUCAACACAGCCAUCCUCUCUGGCAGUGGCAUGUUCGCUGGAGUUGGCCUUGCUAUCCCGAUUGACACCGUCUACAAGAAUGUCGAAAGCAUUAUCUCCAAAGGCUUUGUGAAGCGACCCUUGCUUGGGCUCGUCUUCGCGCCAGAUGUCAUGGAUCAGGAACUGCAACUCAAUGGCAUCAUGGUGAUGAAGGUAAUUCCAGACGGGCCAGCUGCCUCUGCUGGAGUACGUGCCAUGCGUGGCGGCCGUUUGGGAGAUGUGGUGGUUGCCAUGGAUGGGAAGCGAAUAUCUAGCACGGAUGACUUGUUCGGCAUGCUGGAGCAAAGAGCUCCAGGCGACACGGUCAAGCUGACCGUGCAGCGCCCCAGUGCCGAUGUGGACAGCGAGAAGUUGGAGGAGCUGGACAUGUCAAUCAAGCUCGGGCAGGCUGCUGAGUGA